AUGUCCCUCAAGUCCAUGACCCGCGACGAGGUCGCACAGCACAACAAGGCCGGCGACCUCUGGGUCAUCAUUGACAGCAUCGUCUACGACCUCUCCAAGUUUGCAAGGCUCCACCCCGGUGGUGCUGGUGUCCUCCUCGACGCCGAGGUCGCCGGCAAGGACGCUACGACUGUCUUCUUUGGUCUUCACCGCCACGAGGUCCUCCUCAAGCCCCAGUACAAGCGUCUCCAGAUCGGCCAGAUUGAGGGUUCCAAGCGCAAGAUCAAGGUCCCCGAGCCCGGAGACCUCUCGCGCGUCCCCUACGCUGAGCCCACUUGGCUCACCCCGGCCUUCAAGAGCCCUUACUACAACGACUCCCACCGCAGCCUCCAGAAGGCUGUGCGCGAGUUCGUCGACUCGACCCUCUACGCCGAUGCCCAGGCAUGCGAGGAGAAUGGCAAGCGCGCGUCGGCCGAGGUUCUCAAGUUCAUGGGCGAUGCCAAGACCAACAUCAACGCUAUGCGUCUCGGCCCCGGCAAGCACCUCCACGGCAAGGAGCUCUUUGGCGGCGUCAAGGGCGAGGACUUUGACUACUUCCACGAGCUGGUCAUGACCCAGGAGCUCGUCCGUGCCGCUGGCCGUGGAUACGCCGACGGUCUCAACGGCGGCAUGGUUAUCGGUCUCCCUCCCGUGAUGAACUUUGGCCAGGAGCCCCUCCGCACCAAGGUCCUCAACGAGGUCCUCUCCAGCGAAAAGGUCAUUUCGCUCGCCAUCUCGGAGGCCUUUGCCGGUUCCGAUGUCGCCGGUCUGCGCACUACCGCCGUCAAGUCGGAGGACGGCAAGACCUGGACCAUCAACGGUACCAAGAAGUGGAUCACUGGCGGCAUGCACUCGGACUACUUCACCGUCGGCUGCCGUACCGAGGGCGGUCUGACCGUCUUCCUCGUUCCCCGUGGUGAGGGUGUCGAGACCAAGCAGAUCAAGACCUCGUACUCGACCGCCGCUGGUACUGCCUACAUUACCUUUGACAACGUUGUCAUCCCCGCGGAGAACAUGCUCGGCCCCGAGGACGGUGGCCUGCUCGUCAUCCUCUCCAACUUCAACCACGAGCGUUGGGUCAUGUGCUGCGGUUCCGCCCGCUCGUCGCGUCUCGUGGUCGAGGAGUGCCUCCAGUGGUGUGCCCAGCGCUACGUCUUUGGCAAGCCCCUGCUCGCCCAGCCCGUCAUCCGCCAAAAGCUCGCCUUUAUGAUCGCAAAGGUCGAGGCCAUGCAGGCCUGGCUCGAGAACGUCACCUACCAGAUGUGCAACAUGUCGUACAAGCAGCAGAGCUCCAACCUCGCCGGCCAGAUCGCCUUCCUCAAGAUGAUGUGCACCCGCGUCUCGGCCGAGAUUGGCGACGACGCCGUCCAGAUCUUUGGUGGCCGCGGCCUCACCAAGACCGGCAUGGGCAAGCUCGUCGAGCAGUUCCAGCGCACCCAGAAGUUUGACGCCAUCCUCGGCGGCGCCGAGGAGGUCCUCGGUGACCUCGGUGUCCGCCAGCUCAUGCGCAAGAUGCCCAAGGACCAGCGCCUGUAA